AUGGCUGGGGCGCGCAGACUGCUCUGUCUAUGGCUGAGCUGCUUGUGCGUGAGCCUGGCACACGGGCAGAGACUCGAGCAGCAUUUCCCGGAGCUCCGCGAGCCUGUGCCAGGCGACCGCGCGGCAGGUGGCGGCCCAGACCCCCUCCCGCAGCCGCUCGACAAGGUGUCAGAGCACAUGCUGCGGCUCUACGACAGGUACAGCGGCGGCGGCAGAGCCGAGGCGGCGCGGACACCGGGGUCCUCGGAGCGGGGCUCGCCGCCUCGGCUCCCCCAGCCCCUGCGCGAGGGCAACACGGUUCGCAGCUUUCGAGCAGCAGGUGAGUGGACCCUUGAAAAUGAGAAAUUGCAUAUUUUUAACCUGACUUCUCUAACCAAGUCUGAAAACAUUUUAUCUGCCACACUGUAUUUCUAUAUUGGAGAGCUAAUAAAUAUCAGCCUGAGUUGUCCUGUGUCCCAAGGAUGCUCACAUCAUACCCAAAGGAAACACAUUCAGAUUGAGCUCUCUACAUGGAUCCUCAAAUCCACCGGAAACCAAAGUCAACUCCUGGGUCAUCUUUCAGUAGAUGGAGUGAAACUUCAUCGAGAUUUUGUUUCCUGGUUGUCGAAAGACAUCACUCAACUUUUGAGGAAAGCCAAAGAAAAUGAGGAGUUCCUCAUAGGAUUUAACAUUACUUCCAAAGGACACCAGCUGCCAAAGAAGAUAACACCCUUUCCUGAGCCUUAUAUCUUGGUGUAUGCCAAUGAUAUUGCGAUUUCUGAGCCCGAGAGUGUGGUAUCAAGCUUGCAAGGACACCGGAAUUUCCUCACUGGAGCUGUGCCCAAACUGGAUAGCCAUAUCAGGGCUGCCCUUUCUACUGAACGGAGGAAGAAGCGCUCUACUGGGGUCCUGCUACCUCUGCAGAACAAUGAGCUUCCUGGGGCAGAAUAUCAGUAUAAGGAGGAUGGGGUAUGGGAGGAGAGAAAACCUUACAAGACUCUUCAGACUCAGCCCCCUGAAAAGAGUAAGAACAAAAAGAAACAGAGAAAGGGACCUCACCAGAAGAGCCAGACGCUCCAGUUUGAUGAACAGACCCUGAAGAAGGCGAGAAGAAAGCAAUGGAUUGAACCUCGCAAUUGUGCCAGGCGAUACCUUAAAGUGGACUUUGCAGAUAUUGGCUGGAGUGAAUGGAUUAUCUCCCCCAAGUCCUUUGAUGCCUAUUAUUGCUCCGGAGCAUGCCAGUUCCCCAUGCCAAAGUCUUUGAAGCCAUCAAAUCAUGCUACCAUCCAGAGUAUAGUGAGAGCCGUGGGCGUCGUUCCUGGGAUUCCUGAGCCUUGCUGUGUGCCAGAAAAGAUGUCCUCGCUCAGCAUCUUAUUCUUUGAUGAAAAUAAGAAUGUGGUACUUAAGGUAUAUCCAAACAUGACGGUAGAGUCUUGCGCUUGCAGAUAA